GUGGAUGAGCGGUUUCGUGCUGUAGAGCGUCUUUUGCCGACUGGAAGUAGGAGACAGAUUUUUACAUUUUUUUUAUAGCGGACAACACUCCUGCGUGGAAGCAACCCACUCGCUUCUCUCCGCGCCGAGACUUUGUCAUGUGCAGCCUAGAGAAAGCGAUACCUGCACGCCGAGAGAGAGAGAGAGAAAGAGAGGGAGAAAAGACAUCACUAGAAAUGUGGCUAACUGUCAGUGUAGUGGAUAGUUUGAUGUGGUAGAGCAUCGAUGUUUUAGCAGAACAAAACUACUUAGUUCCCCUCAUACCGGUCUCUCCAGUUUCGGGGGAGUUGCUCUCGCCUGGUCCUGCUCAUCGACAGGAAAGCAGAGAGAAGCCCAUCAUCUUUAAGGCAUCGUGUGCAGGCACGGCUGAACUGAGCUGAGCUGAGCUGAGCUGCGCUGCGCUGGGGCUGCCAUGCCCGUCAGGCUGAUCGCACUGUAAACUCAGCCUGGAGCUUCACUUUCUCUCUGAGCAGAACCUGGGCUACUUUCCCUGCCUCCACAAAUGAUCAUGCGAUGACUGAGUUCCGUUUGGGCUUACUAGCAGAAGCAAUUCCAGGAGGUGAAUGAUGGCUGAGGAUGGAGGAAAUAUUUGCGAGGACCACAGAGGCAGGGAAGCAGAGGGCAGGUCCUCUCUUCCUCGGACUUUUAUCCGACUCAACGACCUGUCCGGCGGCGGGGAGCGCAACGACGACGAGCCCGACGAAGGAGCAGAGAGGAGGGAGAGCGCAGCCGGCACGGUGGCGGAGGAGGCGGCGUCAGCCAGCGGCGGAGAGGCUUUACCCUACCCUUCACUGGCACCGGUUGUGUUUUUCUAUAUGAAGCAAACCACACGGCCAAGGAGUUGGUGUCUGAAAAUGGUCUGCAAUCCAUGGUUUGAGCGGGCCAGUAUGCUCGUGAUCCUGCUGAACUGUGUGACGCUGGGCAUGUUCCAUCCGUGUGAGGACAGCGACUGUGACUCCGAGCGCUGCAAGAUCCUGGAGGACUUUGAUGACUUCAUCUUUGCUUUUUUCGCUGUGGAGAUGGUGAUCAAGAUGGUGGCGCUGGGCAUCUUUGGCAAGAAGUGUUACCUUGGAGAUACCUGGAACCGGCUAGACUUCUUCAUUGUGUUGGCUGGGAUGCUGGAAUACUCUCUCAACCUGCAGAAUGUCAGUUUCUCUGCUGUUCGUACUGUCCGAGUGCUGAGGCCUCUCCGAGCUAUCAACCGAGUACCCAGUAUGCGGAUCUUGGUCACUCUCCUGCUGGACACUCUCCCCAUGCUGGGCAAUGUGUUGCUGCUCUGCUUCUUUGUCUUUUUCAUCUUUGGGAUUGUGGGCGUCCAGCUGUGGGCAGGACUUCUCCGAAACCGCUGCUUCCUGCCUGAGAACUUCUCCCUUCCCCAAAGCCUAGAGCUGCACAACUACUACCACACUGAGAACGACGACGAGAACCCGUUCAUCUGCUCUCAGCCGCGAGAAACUGGCAUGCGCCAGUGCAGCUCCAUCCCCACGCUGCACGAGGAGGGGCUGCAGUGUGGCCUGGACAUGGGAGCCUACAACAGCACAGACAACACCACCUGUGUGAACUGGAACCAGUACUACACCAACUGUUCUGCUGGAGAUGUCAACCCCUUCAAGGGAGCAAUCAACUUUGAUAACAUUGGCUAUGCCUGGAUCGCCAUCUUUCAGGUCAUCACUCUGGAGGGUUGGGUGGACAUCAUGUACUUUGUGAUGGAUGCGCACUCGUUUUACAACUUUAUCUACUUCAUCCUCCUGAUCAUAGUGGGCUCCUUCUUCAUGAUCAACCUAUGUCUGGUUGUCAUAGCUACUCAGUUCUCAGAGACGAAGCAGCGCGAGAGUCAGCUGAUGAAGGAGCAGAGGGUGCGCUUCAUGUCCAAUGCCAGCACACUGGCCAGCUUCUCUGAGCCGGGCAGCUGUUAUGAUGAACUCUUGAAAUAUUUGGUCUACAUUGUACGGAAGGCAGCCAGGCAGCUGGGUCACCUUACUCGGGUGGCUGCACGCCGGGCGGGGCUAAGAGUACUCGCCUCCCCUGCCUUGGAGCCUCCGCACACCAAGAGACGGAGGCAGAAGCAACGUCAGGGGUCCAUCCACCAUUUGGUGCACCACCACCACCAUCACCACCACCACCACUACCACCUUGGCAAUGGAAGUGUCCGUAAUGAGAGGACCAGAGAAAUAGAAACGGGUAAUGGUGCAGGUGCUGGCUCGGGACGCCUCACUCUUCCCUCCAUCAUCCCUCUGCAGGACCCCUCCUCUACAUCCUGUUCUGCAGUGCUGGGUCCUGGCAGUGCAGAGUCCGUACACAGUGUCUAUCACACAGCCUGCCAUUUGGAGCCUCUGCGCUGCACCCCCUCACCUGGACCCUCAGCCCUGCAGGCUUACAAAAGGAACUCAGUGCCAUUUGCAGCACCGGCACACAAAAACUAUCCAACGCUACAGCCCUGCCUACCUCUGGAGCACCUCAGGCAGAGGAGCCUGGAGCCAGGAGGGGUCAGCUGCACUGCCAGUGUCCUGACUAACCUCAAUAUCCCCCCCAAUCCCACCAACACCCCUCAGUGUCUGCUGGACACACAAGGACCUGCAGGGAAGAUCCCCCGCAAGUUCUCCACUGCCAACUGCAGUGGCACAAACCUGGAUGCUACUUUGGCUUUUGACCCUGAGACCUGCCCUUAUUGUACUAAAGCAGCAGGUAAUGACUCAGAGGGGACAGAAGCGAAUGAGACUGCAGACUCAGACAGUGAGGGUGUGUAUGAGUUCACCCAGGAUGCCCACUAUCGGGAUAACAGAGACCCAAAAAGGAAGAAGAAGUUUAAGCUAGGGGCUCGAGCAGCGAAGGUGGUGCACUUUUGGAGACUGGUGUGUGACACAUUUCGUAAGAUCGUGGACAGCAAGUACUUUGGACGAGGAAUCAUGAUCGCCAUCCUCAUCAACACUCUCAGCAUGGGCAUCGAGUACCAUGAACAGCCUGAUGAGUUAACCAACGCCCUGGAGAUCAGCAAUAUCGUCUUCACCAGCCUGUUUGCCCUGGAGAUGCUCCUGAAGCUGCUGGUGUACGGCCCCUUCGGCUACAUCAAGAACCCUUACAACAUUUUCGAUGGCAUUAUUGUGGUAAUCAGUGUUUGGGAGAUUGUGGGUCAGCAGGGUGGUGGUUUGUCAGUGCUGAGGACCUUCAGGCUGAUGCGGGUUCUGAAGUUGGUGCGCUUCAUGCCAGCUCUGCAGAGGCAGCUGGUGGUGCUGAUGAAGACUAUGGACAACGUAGCCACUUUCUGCAUGCUCCUCAUGCUCUUCAUCUUCAUCUUCAGUAUUUUGGGCAUGCACCUCUUUGGAUGUAAGUUUGGUUCUGAAAGAGACGGUGACACGAUGCCGGAUCGCAAGAAUUUCGACUCUUUGCUCUGGGCCAUUGUCACAGUGUUUCAGAUUCUUACUCAGGAGGAUUGGAAUAAGGUGCUGUAUAAUGGCAUGGCCUCCACUUCUCCUGUGGCUGCUCUAUAUUUCAUCGCCCUAAUGACCUUCGGAAACUACGUCCUGUUCAACUUACUAGUGGCUAUCUUAGUGGAGGGCUUCCAGACUGAGGAAUUGACCAAGAGGGAAGACUUGCAUGGCCAGCUGAGCUGUAUUCAGCUGCCAAUAGACUCAGGGGGAGAUGCCUCAAAGUCGGACUCAGAAGCAGACUUCUAUGCACGGAGCAUUGAUGAUGUGCGUGGAAGCAAAAAAGAUGUGUCAGCUUCUUCAGUCGUGCCCAUCAAUGGUCAUGUGGAUCUGAAGGCCAGCCUCACACCGCCUCUUAUCACACACACUGCUGCCACACCAAUGCCUGUCCCCAAGAUCUCAGGAGGAGGAGACCCCACUCUGGGCCAAGAGUCCCGCAGGGGUAGCAAUGUGUCCAUGGACCCCAGCUGCCAAGAAAAGUCUCCGUCAAGUGCACGUAGUUCUCCUCAUGCCCCCUGGAGCUCAGGCAGCAGCUGGAACAGCCGGCGCUCCAGCUGGAACAGUCUGGGCCGAGCCCCGAGUCUGAAGAGGCAGAAGCGGCAGAGCGGUGAACGCCGCUCCCUGCUCUCCGGAGAUGGCCAGUCCAGCUCGGACGAGGAUGGGGGCAGAGAGGGCGGAGGGGCUUCAGAGGGAGACGAUGCCUCCCUGUCCAGGACAGACUCUUUUGGCCAAAGGCCCCGGCACAGGCGCAUGGAGUCUCUGGAGACGCGCAGUUCCUUUGACCUGCCGCCAGACACUCUGCAAGUGCCCUAUCUGCACCGAUCCGCCAGCAUCCACAGCACACGCCCACCGAACCUGCUCAGCAAUGGCAAGAGCUCACCCACUGGUGCCACCACCCAGCUGUCACUGGACGACCACCAUAGUGAAGACGACAAUGGUGAUGAUGAAGGAAACCUGAGUCGGCAAGCACGACUGUACCGCUGGUUCGAGCGGAAGCAGCCUGAAUGGUGCAGACAGAGGAGCACCUGGUCUUUGUAUUUGUUUCCUCCAGAGUCCAGAUUUCGUGUGAGCUGCAACAAGAUCAUCAAGCACAAGAUGUUUGACCAUGUUGUCCUUGUCAUCAUCUUCCUCAACUGCAUCACAAUUGCUAUGGAGAGGCCCAAGAUUGAUCCCAAAAGUGCUGAGCGCAUCUUUCUGACGCUGUCCAACUACAUCUUCACCGCCAUCUUCGUGACUGAAAUGACAAUAAAGGUGGUGGCCCUGGGCUGGUGUUUUGGGGAGAAAACCUACCUGAAGAGCAGCUGGAAUGUUCUGGAUGGUAUGCUGGUGAUGAUCUCAGUCAUUGACAUCCUGGUGUCCAUGAUCUCCAACAGCGGCACGAAAAUCUUGGGCAUGCUGCGAGUACUGAGACUGUUGAGGACCCUGCGGCCCCUCAGGGUGAUCAGCAGGGCUCCAGGGCUCAAAUUAGUGGUUGAAACUCUGAUGUCAUCCCUCAAACCAAUCGGAAACAUUGUGGUCAUCUGCUGUGCUUUCUUCAUCAUCUUUGGCAUACUUGGGGUACAGCUGUUCAAAGGAAAGUUCUAUGUGUGCCAGGGGGAGGACAUAAGGAAUAUAACCAACAAAUCUGACUGUGAGCUUGCUAAAUAUAAGUGGGUCAGGCAUAAGUACAACUUCGACAACCUGGGGCAGGCCCUGAUGUCUCUUUUUGUACUGGCUUCCAAAGAUGGCUGGGUGGACAUUAUGUAUGACGGACUGGAUGCUGUAGGGGUUGAUCAACAGCCUAUUAUGAACUACAACCCCUGGAUGCUGCUCUAUUUCAUCUCUUUCCUCUUGAUCGUGGCUUUCUUCGUGCUCAACAUGUUUGUGGGUGUGGUGGUGGAGAACUUCCACAAGUGUCGGCGACACCAGGAGGCAGAGGAGGCCAAGCGUCGCGAGGAGAAGCGCCUGAAAAGGAUGGAGAAAAAGAGAAGGAAUAUAUUGCUGACGGGUGUCAGUUGGCCCGGUCCUGAAGGCGGAGUGACAGAAGCUCAGAGUAAGCCAUACUACUCGGACUACUCCCCAACUCGACGUCUCAUCCACAAGAUGUGCACCAGCCACUACCUGGACCUAUUCAUCACCAUCGUCAUCGGCCUCAACGUCAUCACCAUGUCCAUGGAGCACUACCAGCAGCCCAGGGUGCUUGAUGAAGCACUGAAAAUCUGCAACUACAUUUUCACAGUCAUCUUUGUGCUGGAGUCUGUUUUCAAACUCGUGGCAUUUGGAUUCCGCCGUUUCUUCAAAGACAGGUGGAACCAGUUGGAUCUAGCCAUUGUUCUGCUGUCCAUCAUGGGAAUAACUCUGGAGGAGAUAGAAGUCAACGCCUCACUGCCCAUCAACCCCACCAUCAUCCGCAUCAUGAGAGUACUGCGUAUUGCCCGUGUCCUGAAGCUCCUGAAAAUGGCAGUGGGAAUGCGAGCUCUGCUGGACACGGUCAUUCAGGCCCUGCCUCAGGUGGGGAAUCUGGGUCUUCUCUUCAUGCUUCUCUUCUUUAUCUUCGCAGCGCUGGGAGUAGAGCUGUUUGGUGACCUGAUAUGUGAUGAGAUGCACCCUUGUGAAGGCCUCGGCCGCUACGCCACAUUCAGAAAUUUUGGCAUGGCAUUUCUCCUGCUGUUUCGUGUGUCCACUGGGGACAACUGGAACGGCAUUAUGAAGGACACCCUGCGAGACUGUGCUCAAGACACUGGAACCUGCUACAACACAGUGGUGUCUCCCAUCUACUUUGUGUCCUUUGUGCUGACGGCUCAGUUUGUGCUGGUCAACGUGGUCAUUGCUGUCCUCAUGAAACACUUAGAGGAAAGCAACAAGGAGGCCAAAGAGGAGGCGGAUAUGGAGGCAGAGCUGGAGCUGGAGGCAGUAGGUGGAGAUGGGGGGAGGACAACUGGGGGGCAUAUCUCGCCUCUGGCUGCUGGGGACAUGGGUGGUUCUGGAGGGUCUCCCUGGGUUUCUAGAGCCUCUCAGGACAGAGGUUACCCCACUGACGGUUACUCCACUGACAGCCCACCAGCAAACAUACGCAGAGACUCAGCAGCACACGUUAAGGCUGACCCACCUCAGAGUCUGGAGCCACCAUUAGAGCGGAGGCCCAUGUUUGACUCGGUGUCCCUGGUGAUCCAGGGCUCGCUGGAAGGAGAGCUCAGCCUAAUGGACAACCUGUCUGGCUCCAUCUGCCACUACUACGCUCUGCCCCCUCUCCCCAGCAAGCACAGCACUGAGAAAAAGAUCCCCCUAGCGGAGAUGGAGGCUCUGUCUCUGGCAUCGGAGAAAUCCUGGUCCUUAGCUCUGACGGACGACUCCGUCCCUGAUGAUUUUAACCCCCCCUUACUAACCAGUCUGGAGUGCAAUACUGCAGAUCCUUCAGAACCUGUGGAGUCCGUUCAGCCGCACGAACCUCUGGUGGAGCACCUGCUGUGUGUAAAGAAGACGUCAGUGGGGCGUACCCACUCCUUACCCAACGACAGCUACAUGUACCUGCCCCUACAGCCUACUGACACCUCUACAACCCUCACAACCUCAGCUCAACAGGCCCAGUCAGGUUCCAGCAGCUCUGUUCAGUCUCACGCAGAAGAGCCUUCACAGCACCUGACUGUGCCCACAGAGCUCUUCCGACCCAUCAGCCCCCACAGCCUGUCUGAUUCUGAGAGUAUCCCCCGCAUCCCUCCACCUCGCCGGCACACCCUCUCCCGCACUCUGCGCAGACAGCUCAGCAUGGUACAGCACAAACCGGACCCCAGCCUGCUCCUGAGACACAGAUACUCCUGUUACUGAGAGAGCUGGAGUGGUAGCCUCCAGCAUCUUUCCCACUCUAAACAUCCCUGACCCUCCCUCCCAGACCAUUCCCCAUACCUGUCCCACUGCCCCCCCACCAGCUCCCCAUAGCCCACGUCCCACUGCAUUUCACCAGGGCUGCUCUAAGGGACAAAACUAGAAGGCUAAAGAUCAAGAAGGAUUCCUAUUGAGGUUAGAGAGACAGCAUUAUUUAAGCAUUAUUUAAAGCUGUUGGUCUAUUCAACCAGAAAUAAACUGACCCAUAUGGUACUGUCUGUUUGAAGAAUUGGUACUGAAUUAAUCAUUUUACAGUGGUACUGGUUAUUGAUGUUAGGCUUUGAUAAAGUAAAGAUUUCUGUGUGAAAAACAGUGUGGAACACUUCACUGUCUGGCAGGCAGUGCUCAUGGUUUUUUUGUUUGUUUGUUUUUUGCUUUUUUGUGUGAAGUCAUGUCAGUCGUCAUGAUUUUAUAGCUUAGUAUAUAUUACAAUGACAUUGCUGAUGAUGUAACGUCUUAAAUCUUAUAAGUGGUCAAUUUUAAUUAACUUCAUGUAAGGGCCUCUUUUGUUCAAUCAGAUUAAUUGUGUCAUAUUAUCAGCAUUCACUGUGACAUGCACUGAGCUACAACAUCUGUCAUUUCACACUCGAAAGUAUGUUAACAACAUUCAAAAUGGUAACUUUACAGGAGGCAAAAGGCUUUAAUGUAAAUGAAUGUAAAGAUAUUUUAUGGCAAGUAUUGCUGGCACAGCUCUUCAUUAGAGCAAGCACUGUAUAUGUAUAUAUGUAAUUUUCAUAGGGGGACUAACUUCUUGUUAAUAUCUAUGAUUUCAGAAGGUGUCAGCAAACUUUAUGACAACUGUUUAAGUCUAAGUGUUUACUUAACUCUGUGUCCGUUGUCAUGAAAGGCUUACGUUGGUGCCAUGUAGCCUCAUGAACACUGCCCAGUCAUUUUAAGUAAGAUAAAGUCUAUACAAUUAUGGAUUGGAGUUUUUCCCCAAAACUAUUCGGGAGGCAGGACUUCAAAAUGCUCCUAUAGAAUAUGCAGUAAACAAAAAAAUUGCUUUCACAGUUUCAGAUAUUUUGAGCCAUGUGAGAUACCACACACAGAAAGGACACUUUAUUUCUGGUUAAUAAAUGCAUUUUAUUACACAUUUCAGUUUCACCACCGAUAACAAUACUACCUGUGACCACCAGAUGGCAGUGUUGUCUCUACUAUGCUGGUUGGUGCUACAAACAUGAAGCGAAUGUUUGUGUGUCAGUUCUGUCACCCACAUCUACAAAGGGGCUUCUCUUGAUCUUUAGCCUUUCUUCUAGGUCCUUCACAGACCUUUCUCCUACUGGGCUCGUGCAUCUCUCUCCUUUUGGAUAUAUAUUGGAACAGGGAGUCAUUUUUCACUUGCUGUUUUCAGAAGAGAGUGGCCGCUGACAUGCAGCCCUGCAAGGAGACAUAGGUCGUGUUGUCUCUUACAGUAUAGCCCAGUGGCUCAGAGUGCAGUCUGCCAAACAGUGCCUCCAGUUUUUUGCUUAGGGUAAAUGUUCCUCUGCCCUAGUUUAAAACAACAGCUGUACUGGACAACUACUUCCAUGAAGUGCAUUUGGUCAUAUGAACUUUUCACCUUUGUGACUUGACUGAAAGCAGCAGCAGCAUAUGUAUGUAAAUUUUCCUCAGGAUCAGGGAUGUAGCAAACUGAGGGAAGGAAAGGAGGAGCGUGAGAAAGAGGAAAAAAUGGGGCGGGGUGGUGGAUUUUGCAGUGUUGACUGUAUACUAAACAUUUUUGAUUCGGUUGAGGGUGCACAGCACAUGAGUCAGGGCCUUAUUUCCUCAGAAGCACAGAAAGGACAUUUUCUACAGAGCGUUUAAGGAGACAACAACAGAUAUGAAGAGUUUCAAUGGAUUUGACUCAUUUCUGAAAACAAAAUCAGUCACUUUUUUCUUAGAUGAACUUGCUAAUAAAGACUUUUAGGUCUGUAAGUUCUCAAUGUAGAGUUUAGAACACUUUCUACUUCACACACAGAGAACAGAUGUCUUAGUCUCUAUAUGCAGGCUACCUCCAACUGGAUUGCCUCUCUAUUUUCUAACUUCUUCUCAACUUGUGGAGGCAGAGAGCUUGUGGAGAAUACCACAGUAAUGGUGAACUCUACUCUAACCCCACGGCUCACCUUUCCCCCAACCACUGUACCGCCCCCACCAUCUCAUGC